AUGGCAUGCCUCACGACUGUCACAGCAACAGAAGCAGCAGCAGCAGCAGCAACGCGCGGCGGGCCUGAUAAUUCUCUCUUCCGCUACCGCGGCGUGCGGCAGCGCACGUGGGGGAAGUGGGUGGCGGAGAUCCGCGAGCCGCGACGCAAGGUGCGCCUAUGGCUCGGCUCUUUCGUGUCCGCGGAGCAAGCCGCGCGCGCGUACGACCGCGCGGCGCGGAAGCUGUACGGCGCGGACGCGGUGCUUAACUUCCCCGCUGGCCCCCCGCCUGCCGCAGCGCCUGCUCCGAACGGGAAAUGUCCCCCCUCCGCCAGCGCCGAGAACCUCGAAUCGUCCAUCACGAGCGCCGCGAGUGGCGGAAGCCGAAUCGACCCCGUCACAGUGGUUCCUGCGGUUCACCCCCGAGCAACACCCGUCGGCCCCGGUACAAGCACAUCGUGGAGCUAUAACCUUCGCAACCACCGCCGCGAUAGCAGCGAGAGUAACAGCUUCCCGAGGUUGUCAAAUUUCCCCAUUCCCGCCCCUAAUCCCGCCCCUAUUCCCGCCCCUAAUGCCGCUCCUGCUACUCCUGCUCCCAUUCCUACGGCUAAUCCCACUGCCGCUUUCGGCGCAAGUACCAGCGGCGGCACCAGCGGUCUCCCCAGCUGCCCGUCGCCAUGGCUCGCGCGUUUCAUGCUCGAGAUCCAGGAGAUGCGCAAACUCGCCGAGAUUCGCGGCCUUGCCGGGAGUUCAGGCUUCGGUCGCGAGAUCCACGCGCAGCAACCAAGCCGCGGCGCGCAGCCGCCAAGCAGCGACGCCUCGUCAGAUAUCGCGACGAAUCAGAGUCGGACUUUCGCGGCGGCGGCGAGCUGCCAGGCCCGUGAGUCGUUGCUACCGCCUUCGCUGCCCAAUGUGUUCCCCGUCGCGAGCCUGGUACCAGCUCUCCAGGCGCUUACGGCGAAGCUUCCUGGAACAACUCCAAAGGCUGCUGCUUGGUCGAGUCAGAGGACGCGAGUAGCCGAGGUGCUAGGAGCGAUGCAGACGCUACCACCGUUCGUUCUGCCUGCUGCUGCACCGUUGAACAAGCCCCUGUGCCGUCAGCCGCCUGCCAUCCCUGCUGCUCCAGCAGCUGUGCACUUGUCCGCAUCGCACCUGUCAGCACCGCACCCGACCGCAUCGCACCCGACUGCAUCUCACCCAUCUGGAUUGCACCCGUCGGAAGCAUACCCACGAGCAAGCUCUCUCCCAGCGUUUAGCGACCCCCAGCAGAUCCUCCUGGAGCACUACUUGAGGCUCUCGAAGCUCCACGUGGCAAUGCAGGGUUAUAACUCUGCAGCCGCCCCUGCCACGUCAGCAGGCUUGGUCCUGGUGAAAAAAGAAGAGGCAUCAGGCAUUGCAGUGACGCCUGUGGGAAAGUCCCUGGGCGUUCAGGGGAAAGGGAUCCAAGGAGCAUUGGAUGGGAUGCAUGGGGCGAGUGAGCAGAGCUGCUUGAGCCCAGGGAAACGGGCGCGAUGCGAGGAGGUCCGCGGUGGAGAUGGGUCCGGUGCUUUGCAGGGUGAUGUGGAUGGCGCUGGAGGGGGACGUUUGGGGAUUGGAGGGAUUGGAAAUGCUGCUUCCAGGACUUAG